ACCCUAAAUUGACAUUCUCUUCACUAAAAGCUUUUAGUACAAUUAGGGUUUAGCUCUUGAAACCUUUAAUCACAACAUCGUAACCUCUAAAUUCCACAAUUUUUAGUUAUUUUUAGCUGAUGCCAUGGCUUUACCUAUGAAAGCUUCAACGAAUUCCCCAAAACCAAAUUUUCUAAUUGGUGAAAACUACCAUCUUUCUCUAAAACAAUCCAUGGAAGACCUUUUAGCUGAAACCCGCAAAAAAACCCCAAAUUUCUCUGGUUUCAUUGCUAAAUACCACAGUUUAAUGCAAGCAAAAGUCGACCCACCACUGGAAUCAAUCUGGGUAUACACUGCUUUGUCGUUUCGAAGCCGUAAUUUCGAAAAAGGAGAUCCUUUGAAUCGAUUAUCAACCAUAAAUGAUCUCUUUCAGCUAGUUUCUUCUUGUUCAAGUCCCUGCAAUUCUUCCAAAAGCAUAGCAUUGCUUGCACCAAUUGUUUUCGAGGUUUAUAAAUUAGUUGUGGAAGUACUAGGAAAGGACUCAAGGAAAGUGAAUAAAAGGAUUAAGUCUCUUGUUGAAGUGAUCAUUGGGUAUAUAAGCAUGUGUUGUUGUAAGGGUUUUAGUGAGGGAAGUGAAAACAUUGAUAUGGAUUUGGUGAUUCCAGUUGAGGAUUUAGUUUCUAUUUGGAUAGAUAGAAAUGUAAAUUUACAAUCUUUUUUGCCAUUAGUGAGUAAUGAGAUUUGUGGAAUGAUUAAUGAAAGAGGGUCUAAUGUGAAAUACUUGGCUGGUGUGGUUAUGGUGGAAGCAUUUUUGUUGAAACUUUGCUUGGAUUCGAGGAUUGGGAUUGAAGGGAUUGUGUUAGAAAAAGAGUUAAAAAGUUGGGCUGUCGCUUCAAUUUCCAGCUUUCACAACUUUUAUUUCUUUGAAAUGCUUAUGAGGAUGUUGUUGCAGCCAGCUUUGCCAGUGACUGCCUUGGUGGGACCCGAAGAUGGAAAUCUGCUGAAAAAUAUUCUGUAUGAUGCUGUUAUUUUGGUAGAGUACACUUUCCUCAAGUCUGAGACAGUUCACCUAUCAAAUGAGCACUUAAAAAGUAUUGCCAUGACAAGAUUGGUUGUCACACUUGAGGCCAUCGAGUUAUUCAGAAAAAACAGGGAUCAAAAAAGAGCUACUUGUUAUACAAGUGCCUUUGCCAAUUCCCAUUUUCAUUCUCAAAUAACCAAAUGGAUCUCGACCCUGAUCAGCUCGGAUGAGAAAGCCGGAGGAAUAAGUGGAUCCUCACCUAAAGCUCUUAUAAAGCGGCUAUUGCAGCUUGAGAAACAAGGGAUAAAGCUAUUCAGCGAUAGCAUAUUGAAAUACCAUGCGAAAUUACUUGUCGGCAAUUCCAAGGAAAUUGAUGAGCAAUCGGUAACAAAGGUAGAGGAGAAGAAACUCGAGGAUGAUGAACCUUUGUUUUCCCUUGAUGACAGAGAAGAUGAAAAAAAUGAAGCUAUGACGGCAGCAUAUGUGGCUGCCGCCCGAUCGAUGAGGCUGAUAAAUGAUAAAUCGAGGGAAAAAAGAAAAGGAAGUGAGGAUGAAGAAAAGGAAAAGAUCAAGUAUUUUAAGUAUGAUCUUUCAAGCAAAUCUAAAGCAGCUAAAGAGAAGGUCUCGGUUUCAGGCUCGGACUCGGGUGCCUCUGAUGAUGAUAUGAGCAGUGACAGUGAAGUUGAUAACCCUCUCGUGUAGGAUGAUGGGUCUCAUGCGAAUGCCGAGAUGAACGGCGACGACAAAAAGGAAAUUAAUUUGAUCAUAGUUUAUUGAAAGGAACAUAAAUCUAAAGAGCAGAUCAUAUUUAAAGCACUAAGCUUGGAUUACUGUUGCUGUUAGGAAAAAAAAUUUGGCUUGCAAAAUAGUUUUCUAAAGUAUGGUUUUUUAAUAGAUAUUAAUUCAUUGCACUGAUGGUCGAAUCGUCAUUUGAAGCUCGUUAGUAAUAGUUUUUUUUAAAAAAAAACUUAGCACAUGAAUAAAAACUUUUGAAUAGCUUAUUAACUUAAAUAAAAUUUUCAUAUAGUUUAUUGAUCAUAUUAUAAUUUUUAUUUUUUAUUUUUUAAUGAUUAGUUAAAGUCACUAACAGUAUUAAAACAUUUCAUUGAGAUUUUAUUUUUAGUUUAAAUUAUGAGGUUGAGUAGAAUUCAUUUAUAGACUGAUGUGGGAUUUUUUUUUUUUUUUUGAUAUAAAAGGGUGAAUCUACAAAAGAUCAAAGCAUCACCAUUCUGUGUAGACUAACACCAUGGAGAUCAUGAUGAAGUCGAAGUAUCCCAUUCGGAGUCUGUAAAACUGCGUGCAUUACCUAGUGGUUUCGAAAAUGCGAGUGUUGCCUUCUCUAUAAACAUGGAGAACUUUGACCCACCAAUCUCAACCAACCACCCUCUUGAUGGCCUUCAUGAGUGCACUGUCUGUCCAUUUCAACAACUUGGCUCGCUCCUGACUACCAUGCUUGUUUGAGUCCCUCACAAGCUCCCAACAGGUACUUAGCAAAAUCCAUGACCCAAGUACCAACCAUUAAUAACACCCCCUUCUCGCUCCAUUGGUAUUGAUCCUGAGCCAUCCUGCUUCCGGUCGUUUCCAGCAAAUCAAGGCCUCCUCAUUGUCCAGGCGCAUUGCUUGUGAUAAAUUCUGGAUUAUUAAUGAUACUUUAUGAGUGUUGAUUGAGUAUUAUUGUCAAUAUAGAAGGACGUGGGUUCGAGUGAGCUGAAGCACAUUAUCCUCCUCUUGAUAGGUUGGGAGGAACUAUGAGUAUUUUUAAAUAUUGUGUAAAAAAUAGCAUAUAUAAUCAAAAUCUAUAAUUAAAUUAUUAAACGAAAA